AUUGCGAGCAACGCAUUGGACGCUCAUGUCCAGACAAAAACAAAUCCAUCCCUGUCAACAAUGGCCCGUAAUCUCCGGUGAUGCGAAAAAACAUGAUCUAAUCUCGCAGCAGUGUGGGAGCCUCAGACCUCAAAACCCAAUCCGUUUACUUAGAAAAGUACUCACGCCAGUCAUAUGGCUUCUCUCCACUCAUGCAAACACUUCCUCAAAACCCUAAGCUUCCAUCGACCAAAGAUCAAAAGACUAUUCAGAAAAGCUUUACAUCUACAUUAAUGGAGGAAACAGUGAAUAAAAUAGAACAGAAGGCUUUGCUCAGGAUUAGCUCUAUAACCAGUCAUCUCGUUCCUGUUUCUUCUUCGCCUCUUCAUAUCACUGCUACCUCCAUGAAAGAUAGCUAUCACAGGAUUCAUGGUGAUGUUCCUUUGAAUAAGGCGGAGUGGAGAAGCUGUUGUGACAGAUCAGGGCGCGAGUUUACUGACAUUAUCUAUGAGAAGGCGGUUGGAGAAGGCAUUGCUAAGAUCACUAUAAAUCGACCAGAGAGAAGGAAUGCUUUUAGACCUCAUACAGUGAAAGAGCUUAUGCAUGCCUUCGAUAAUGCUAGGGAUGACAUCUCUGUGGGGGUUGUCAUCUUGACUGGUAAAGGUACUGAGGCUUUUUGCAGUGGUGGGGAUCAAGCAUUAAGAAGUUCAACUGGAUAUGCUGAUUAUGAUAGUUUUGGCCGCCUUAAUGUUUUAGAUUUACAGGUACAGAUACGCCGCCUUCCCAAACCAGUGCUUGCUAUGGUUGCAGGUUAUGCUGUUGGUGGUGGGCAUAUUUUACACAUGGUUUGUGAUCUAACAAUUGCUGCAGAUAAUGCUGUUUUCGGACAGACUGGCCCUAAGGUUGGAAGCUUUGAUGCAGGUUAUGGCUGUAGCAUCAUGUCUCGAUUGGUUGGGCCUAAAAAAGCUCGUGAAAUGUGGUUUCUGUCACGAUUCUAUAGUGCCCAAGAAGCAGAGAAAAUGGGCCUUGUAAACAUGGUGGUGCCGCUGGCAAAGCUACAAGAGGAAACACUAAAAUGGUGCAGGGAGAUCCUGCGCAACAGCCCGACAGCAAUUCGUGUUUGUAAAGCUGCUCUUAAUGCAGUUGAUGAUGGCCAUGCUGGACUUCAGGAGCUGGCUGGGAAUGCCACUCUGCUAUUCUAUGGCACUGAGGAGGGGAAUGAGGGGAAGAUGGCAUAUUUGCAGCGUCGGCGCCCAGAUUUUUCAAAAUUCCCAAGGCUUCCAUAGCAUCGUCACAUUUCAUCCUAAUCAGUUUUUGUUUCUCAAUCUGAAGUUUUUUGGUCUCCGGAAUAAUUUCUGUAGUUUCUAAUUCCAUUUUCUGACGGUAUAUGAGAUUGCUGUGCAAUUAUUUCUAUAGGAUAACUUGUUUGGGAUGCUUCUUUGUAGUAUUAGAUCUCUCCCAUCUGUGAAUCUUUUGCUUUUUUCCUUUUUUUUCCCCUAAAUACAAUCGUUUCCUUUUUUA